UUUCACAGUGGUGGUGGUGGCAGAAGGCCGGAUUUCAGACUCCUCCAAGCAGCUAUUUUGCAAAAAUAUUCAACAACUUACUCUUCCGUUAACUUUGGUCGUCAGUUUUUUCUCGGUGUUUUUCCUCCAAGAACGAUCCAAUUAGUGGUAGCUGAAAAAUCUCCACCACGUGAACAAUUUGUUCCCUGGAAAGAUUUCUUGCGAUAAAGCUACAAAUCAAAUCAGAGUUUCUCAGGUGGACGACUCAAAGAAGAUUGAAGCAGUCAAGAGGGAAACCAGCAGUUAUUCGCCAUGCCACUCAAGUUGGAGGUAAAGAGGAAAUUGACGGCGAGAUCUGACCGUGUAAAGUCUGUGGAUCUUCACCCAUCUGAACCAUGGUUGUUGGUCUCUCUUUACAAUGGCAAUGUCCACGUUUGGAAUCAUGAAAGCCAGCAACUCAUUAAAACUUUUGAGGUGUGCGACUUACCGGUGAGGACAGCCAAGUUUGUUCCUCGGAAAAACUGGGUGGUGACUGGAUCCGACGAUGUGCAGAUUCGAGUUUUCAAUUACAAUACUUUGGAACGGGUACAUUCCUUUGAAGCGCAUUCUGACUAUGUGCGCUGUAUAGUGGUUCACCCUGUGCAACCCUAUAUUUUGACCAGCAGUGAUGACAUGACCAUCAAGUUGUGGAAUUGGGAAAAGUCGUGGUCUUGCCAGCAAACUUUUGAAGGCCAUACUCACUAUGUUAUGCAAAUCGUGAUUAAUCCAAAGGAUAACAACACAUUUGCAUCUGCAUCGUUGGACAGGACGGUGAAGGUCUGGCAGCUUGGCUCGGCAACUCCCAAUUUUACGCUAGAAGGCCAUGAGAAGGGUGUCAACUGUGUCGACUACUACUAUGCUGGAGAUAAGCCUUAUUUGGUAUCAGGGGCAGAUGACCGCUUGGUCAAGAUCUGGGAUUAUCAAAACAAAACAUGCGUCCAAACAUUGGAGGGUCACGCAUCUAACGUAUCCGCCGUUGCGUUCCAUCCAGAGCUUCCUGUCAUCUUAACGGGCUCAGAAGACGGCACGGUCCGUUUAUGGCACGCGAAUACGUAUCGGUUAGAAAACAAUUUGAACUAUGGUUUAGAAAGAGUUUGGGCAAUUGCGUGCCUGAAAGGAUCAAACAAUGUUGCUGUCGGCUAUGAUGAAGGAAGUAUCAUGCUGAAGGCUGGGAGAGAAGAACCUGCAGUCUCAAUGGAUAGCAGUGGAAAAAUCAUAUGGGCCAAACAUUCAGAAGUUCAACAGGCCAACCUCAAGGCUUUACCUGACGGCUCCGAAUCGAAGGAUGGCGAACGUCUUCCCUUAGCCGUCAAAGAUAUGGGAAGUUGCGAAAUUUAUCCGCAAACAAUAGCGCAUAAUCCCAAUGGAAGGUUCGUUGUCGUCUGUGGGGAUGGCGAAUAUAUUAUUUACACCGCAAUGGCUCUGAGAAACAAAGCUUUUGGACCAGCAAUGGAAUUUGUUUGGGCACUGGAUUCUUCUGAAUAUGCGAUCCGUGAAAACAGCUCAACUGUUAAGCUUUUCAAGAAUUUUAAAGAAAAGAAGACCUUCAAACCUGAAUGUGGAGCUGAAGGAAUAUUUGGAGGACAUUUAUUGGGAGUGAAAUCUGUGUACGGUUUGGCCUUCUAUGACUGGGAAACACAGGAACUGAUUCGAAGAAUUGAAAUAACGCCAAAAGCAGUGUACUGGUCCGAGAAUGGAGAACUGUGCUGCAUUGCUACGGAGGAUAGUUAUUUCAUACUGAAGUACGACGAGGCAGCAGUGGCAAGAUCGAGAGAAAGCAAAGAAGGUGUCAGCGAAGAUGGAUAUGAUGAAGCCUUCGAUGUGCUAGGAGAGAAUCAAGAAGUGGUUAAAACUGGAGUGUGGGUUGGAGAUUGUUUCAUUUACACAAAUAGUGUCAAUCGCCUGAAUUAUUACGUGGGUGGUGAGAUCGUUACAAUAUCCCAUUUGGACAGAACAAUGUACCUCUUAGGAUACAUCCCUAAAGAUAACCGACUGUACUUGUGUGAUAAGGAUUUGAAUAUUGUCUCUUUCUCCUGCCUCGUCGCUGUCCUUGAAUAUCAAACAGCAGUUAUGCGAAGUGAUUUUGAGUCGGCGGACAAAAUUCUUCCAACCAUUCCUAAAGACCAACGAACCAGAGUUGCGCAUUUUCUUGAAAAACAGGGAUUUAAGCAACAAGCGUUGGCAGUUUCUUCUGACUCUGAGCAUCGCUUCGACUUGGCACUACAACUUGGUGACCUCAAGGUAGCAGAACAACUGGCAACAGAGGCUGAUAGUGAACAGAAGUGGAAACAAUUGGCUGAAUUAGCCAUUACUAAAAGCCAAUUUAAACUUGCUCAAGAAGCUCUUCACAAAGCAAACGAUUUGGGCGGCCUGCUUUUACUUGCAACGUCAGCAGGAAACUAUUCAAUGAUUGAGAAACUUGCGCAGACGGCCGAAGCGAUGGAAAAGUACAAUACUGCUUUUACAUCCUACUUUUUGCUUAAAAAUGUGAAUAAAUGCUUGGAAAUACUAAUCAAGAGUGAAAGACUGCCAGAAGCUGCAUUCUUUGCCAGAACGCAUGUCCCCAGUCAAGUUCCACGAGUUGUCGCCUUGUGGAAGGAUUCUCUAUCCAAAAUAAGCGAGAAGGCUGCAGAAAGUCUUGCAGAUCCCAUUCAGUAUGAAAAUCUUUUCCCAGACUAUGUCGAUACAUUAAAAGCGGAGCAAUAUCUUAUUCCUGAACGAAAGCGUCAAGAUCCUGCCACAGACUAUUGGACUCGUGCGGGUCCUGGUAUUCGGUGCGUUAUCGAUGAAGCAUUGGUUGCAGAAUCCAAUGGGAUGUUUAAGUACAAGCCAGGUGCGCUUUCGAUAGGCGAUGACUCAAAACUUGGCUCGAUCGGACUUGAAAAAGAAGAAAAAUCAAAUUAUUUCAAACCUAGUAUGAUAAAUAAUACUGGUCCUUCAACUCCACCAACCGCGACAUCUCUUCCUCCUCCACUUGUGCCUUCCGUUUCUGUACAAAAAGGUCCACCACCACCGACCAUCCAACAGAUUGCACCCCAGCCAAACCAUACAGACUCAUCCGUUGAUGAGUUCCUAGACCCAGAAUUAGAUUUAGACCUUGAUGGAAUCAAUCUUGACGGGGAUGCUGGGGAUAUAAAUUUUGACGAAGAUCUACUCGACGACGAUUAAGCGUGUGGAAAUGACGCCACCACAAGCUCAUUUCACGCAAGCUAUUUUGUUUGCAACAUGAAUGAGUAUAUGUUUAAUAAUUCUUUGAUAAACUUUUCAGACCAAAUUAAACUAUUUAUUUGUAAUGUUUCAACAAACGUGAGCAUUAAUUAAUUAAUAGGAAUUUGUACAUAAACUGUACUUUAUUGUUAUUUAGCUAAUAUAUUAUCGUCUGGUUCAUCAAUUAAUUACUUAUGAUACAUAUAUUUCUGAAAACUUUUCAAAACGGUGCAAAAAUGGAUUUAUAUAGUAGACUCCCAAACCGUGGGGGGUGUGCAACAGAUAGUGCAAUUGCAGUUUUAGUUUCAUAUUCUAAACUUGAUGCAUGCAUGGGGGUUGAUAAUUUGUGUUACAUAUAAAGAUUGAAGCUUUUAACUGAACUGUUUCGUAAUGAAUUGAAUAAACAAAAAAAUGAGUUAAA